AUGGAUCCUCGACGAGCACCCCCGUCCCCACCAUGUGACAGCCUUGCCCGCCGCCGCCGUGCCCCGGCACUCGACCUUUCCGAGCAGAUGAAUGAGGAGGAGAAGCGCAAAUACGUGAGGGGAAGAAGCUCGGUGAGGAUCAAGGUCCAAAAGGAGUACACGGAUGGUUUACCGCCCGACGCUGUUCGCGAAAUCAAGCACCUGCAGGAAUUGCAGCACCCCAACAUCAUCAGCCUCUUCUCCGUCUUCUCGUCCAAGGAUCAAAAUCUGAAUCUUGUCCUCGAGUACCUCCCUCUCGGCGACUUGGAGAUGCUCAUCAGGGACUCCAACUCCAUACACUACGGCACGGCUGACAUCAAGGCUUGGAUGGGCAUGCUGACCCGCGCCGUAUGGUUCUGCCACGAAAACUACGUCCUCCACCGUGAUAUCAAGCCCAACAACUUGCUCAUCGCCGCCGACGGCGAGAUCAAGCUCGCCGAUUUCGGUCUCGCCCGGAGCUUCGCCGACCCCCACCAAAUCAUGACCUCCAACCACUACAGCGGCGCCGUCGACGUGUGGUCCGUCGGAUGCGUCUUUGCCGAGCUCGUCCUCCGGAACCCCUACCUCCCCGGCGAGACCGAUAUCAAUCAGAUCGAGCUCGUCUGUCGCAACCUUGGAACCCCCACCGAAGACAACUGGCCCGGCGUUUCCAAGUUGCGCGAGUACGGCGCCAUCCCCGCCGAAAUGUACCCCGUCCCUUCCAAGGAGGUGCUCCGCGGCCUGUUCCCCGUCGGAGCCGAUGGCGUGGACCUCCUCAUGCGGACUCUUGUCCUCGACCCCAAGAAGCGCAUCACCGCCGCCGAGAUGCUCAGGCACGAGUGGUGGGGCGCCGCUCCCAAGCCUACCCGCAAGGAGGACCUGCCUCGCAAGGACGGCGGCGAGGAAAAGAUGGGCGCCGACUUGAAGAGGAGACCGGGCCUCGUGGAGGAGGACCGCGGUAAGAGGGUGGCACGAAAAUUGGAUUUUUCUCAGAUGUGA